UCGCAUUCAUAAAAUUACCUCUGACCAUGUAUUUGAUGUACUAUUUGAACGAUCAGGGUAACCGAGUGUAUACCUUGAAGAAGUUGGAUCCCAAGGGCAAUGCCACCAAGUCGGCCCAUCCUGCACGAUUCUCUCCCGACGACAAGUACUCUCGCCACCGCAUUACGAUCAAGAAGAGAUACAACAUUUUGCUUACUCAACGUCCUGCACGUCCUUUCUAAACUGUAUCGCAUUUAGCUUUGUACCCGGCUCGCAUUCAAAAAAAAAAAAAAAACUGUCAUCCUACGCCAGUUAUGUAACAUAAAUCUACAAGUAGAAAUAAAAAAAAAACCAAUAUUCAUGAUUCUUGAU